AUGGUUGAGGGAAUUACCAAAAAUGGAGACUUCAUAGUUGGUGGAAUCUUUCCAAUUCGUUACCACACUGCUAAUCCUGAAUUUGUUUUCAGAACUUAUCCUAGCACCAUACACUGUGAAUCAUUCCGUUAUUUAGCAUUUGGCUGGGAACAAGCGAUGGUUUUUGCUAUUGAGGAAAUCAAUCGAAGUUAUGACCUACUGCCAAACUUUACUUUGGGGUACCAGAUAUACGAUUCUUGCUAUGCUCUGAUAAAAUCUUUGGAGGGGACAUUUUGGCUACUUAAUGGGCAAGAGAAGUCAGUUCCAAAUUAUUCCUGUCGCUUACGUUCACAGCAUUCAGUGAUUAUUGGAGACUCCUCAUCAGUAAGGGUUAUUCCAAUGGCUAGAAUCCUGGGGCUCACCAGAUAUCCACAAAUCAGCUAUGCAGCAUCGGUGUCCACUCUGAGUGAUAAAGUCCAGUUUCCUUCUUUUCUGCGAAUGAUGCCCAGUGAUGCUUUGCAGUCAGCAGGCCUUGCACAGAUGAUGCUGUACUUUGGUUGGUCUUGGGUUGGGAUUCUAGCGUCAGACAAUGAGUAUGGUGAGAUGGGCAGUCAGGUCCUAAGAGAAACACUGGUGAAACAUGGAGCCUGCCUGGCAUUUCUAGAAAUUCUCCCAGCAAUUUACUCAAAAUCAAAGAUCACCUACUUGGUGAAUGUAAUUAAAAGGACUUUAGCUAAUGCAAUUGUAAUCUUUGCAAGUGACUCUAUUAUGAAUCCAAUAACUGAGGAACUUUCAAAGAGCAACAUUACAGCAAAAGCAUGGGUUGCAAGUGAGGGGUGGGCAACGUCUCUCAUCCUCAGCAAGAAAGAUUUUGCACCCAUGCUGCAAGGCACUGUGGGAUUUGCAGUUUCAAGUGGUAUGAUUCCAGGCUUUAAAGAAUAUCUUACUAAUAUUCAUCCAUCCAAAAGAAUAAAUGACAUCUACAGUAAACUGUUUUGGGAAGCUGCCUUUAGGUGCAGAUUUCCCCUCCCUGAAGAGGAUACUGUCAUGACAACCAAUGCAAGUGAUGCUGAUAAUAAAUUGUGCUCAGGGAAGGAAAACUCUGAAGCCCUUGUUGUUUCCUUGUUUGAUGUAGAUAAUCUGAGAGAAAGCUACAAUGUGUACAAAUCUAUUUAUGCAGUUGCUCAAACAUUACGUGAUCUGGCAUCAUGCAACAACACUUCUGGCCCUUUUGUAAAUGGAUCAUGUGCACCUUAUCUCAGUUAUGAGCCAUGGCAGUUAUUUCACUUUAUGAAGAAUGUUCAUUUCCAUAUGAAGACCAGCCUAAAUGAGGAAGUUUUUUUUGACGAGCAUGGAGACACACCAGCAAGUUAUGAUGUCAUGAACUGGCAAAUGGACACUGAGGGCUCAAUCAAGUUUAUUAAGGUUGGAGUGUUCUACAACCAUAAGUUAUUAAUCAAUGAAAGCAUUAUACUAUGGAAUGGAGGACGGACUAAGACUCCUGUUUCAGUUUGCAGUAAAAGAUGUACUGUGGGUUAUCGAAAAGCCACAAAGCAAGGCCAGCCAGCUUGCUGUUUUGAUUGUAUACCAUGUUCAGAGGGAGAAGUUUCAAAUGGAACAGGUAUGACUGAUUGCCUAAAAUGCCUAGAAGACCAGUGGCCUAACAGUGGAAGAGAAAAAUGUAUUAGGAAAACAGUGGAGUUUCUGGCAUAUGAAGAUCCCUUAGGUUCAGCUUUGACCUCAGCAACAGCUGUUCUACUUUUAUUUAACUGCUUUACAUGUAUAACUUUUGUUAAAUUUCGACACACUCCUGUUGUCCGUGCAAAUAAUCGCAAGCUGAGCUACAUUCUUUUAUUUGCACUUAUGCUGUGCUUACUGUGUGCCCUGAUAUUCAUAGGUCAGCCUGUAAAUGUGACUUGUAUGUUAAGGCAAGCUACAUUUGGCGUAAUUUUUACUCUCUGCAUCUCAUGUGUGCUUGCAAAAACAAUCAUGGUUGUUAUUGUUUUUAAAGCAACAAAUCCACACAACAAUCUGAAAAAAUGGCUUGGAUAUAAAUUACCUUCAGGUAUCAUAUUUUUUGGGACACUCAUUCAGUUUGUGAUUUGCAUAAUUUGGUUGAUUUUCUUUCCACCUUCCCUAGACCACAACAUGAAAACUAUAACUGGAAAAAUCCUGAUUGAAUGCAAUGAUGGCUCAUUAGUUGCAUUCUGGUGCAUGCUGGGAUACAUAGGAUUUUUGGCUAGUGUUAGCCUUGUGGUAGCCUUUCUAGCUAGGAAGUUACCCGAUGAUUUCAAUGAAGCUAAGUUCAUAUGCUUUAGCAUGUUGGUGUUUGUCAGUGUCUGGUUAUCCUUCAUCCCAGCAUACCUCAGUACAAAAGGAAAAUACAUGGUCGCUUUAGAGAUUUUCGCCAUCUUGUCCUCAAGUGCCGGCUUAGAAGUUUGCAUCUUCUUUCCUAAGUGUUACAUCAUUAUUUUUCGACCUGACUUGAACACAAGAAAAGCAAACGUUGCCAAGCAAACUUAG